AUGUCUGUGGCAUCGGGAAAAUCAGAGAAUUUCGGACAAAUUCUGACAUUCCGCGCCCUCAACGGAUUCUUUGGGGGCGUUCCGCUGGGACUAGGCAGUGCCACUGUCUGCGAUCUGUUCUUUACACACGAAAGAGGGUUCUAUAUGGGAAUAUACACUGUCUCGUUCAUCCUCGGAGGCCACGUUGCUCCGAUCAUCGGUGGCUACAUUGAGAAGGACUUGACAUGGCACUGGUGCUUCUACAUUCCGGCGAUACUCACAGCGGCUGUCCUCGUCCUGUUCACCCUCACCGUGCCAGAAACGCUCUACUCCCGCGCGGCCGAAGCGCUUGCGCGACCUCGACGGACCUGGGUGCAAAAUAUGCUGAUGCAAGGCAAGGCUCAUCCUACGCGGCGUCUGCGCAUCGUCGACUUCUUUCGACCGAUUCAGAUGCUGCAAUACCCGAGUGUGCUUCUUCCCACAAUUUCCUACGCGGUGUCCUUUGCGUAUGGCAGUAUCCUCUUCAUCAUCACCAGUGCAAACCUCUUCGGCAAAAUCUACCACUUCAAACCCCAGCAGACUGGAGUCUUGCUUGGAGUUCCCAUCACGGUUGGGAGCAUCAUUGGCGAGGUUAUGUCAGGCGGCUUCUCAGAUUGGGUGAGUGAGAGGAGGGCAAUAAGAAGAGGUGGCGAACGAAAGCCCGAGGAUAGACUGCUGGCGGUACUCCCCGCCUUCAUACUCACACCGAUUGGCAUCAUCAUCGAAGGUGUCUGCCUCGAGCGGGAAACGCACUGGAUCGGCGUGGCAUUUGGAAUCGCCAUUGCCAGUGUUGGGUUACAGAUAUCCACCACCGUCGUCUACACGUAUACCGCAGAGUGCUACAAACCACAAUCGCCUGAGAUUGGCUCGCUGCUGAACUUUGCGAGACAGAUCUUCUCCUUUGCCAUGGGCUUCUAUGCAAUCCCUUGGGCUGAAGAGUCCGGAGUGCUGAAUGCGUGGGUCGCAAUGGCAUUCAUUGAUGUGGCUUUCUUCCUGCCGCUUCUGCUGUUGUUCUUCAAGGGAGAAGACUGGCGGAUGAAGCUAGGAGAACCCAAGUUCCAUAGAGAUCUGUGA